AUGUCUGACUAUGCCGUCUUCGCACUCCCGGAUUUCGACCCCAACGACUAUGCCAAUGCCGUCCUCGCCGGAGAGCCAUACCCUCCACAAGGAGCCAAGACUAAACCAGCCAAGAGCAGCGGACUAGCUCCUGCCAGCGAGGAUGUAUCUGUAGCGAUAUCAAAACUCACAUAUAAUUUGGAGGACGUAGAGAAACAGCUGAAGAAUGUAAGCGUGUACGAGUCGUUUGGACAUAUGACCUUCUGCUAUCACGAUCAAUACUUGGCCCCGAAGGGCUUCGAGCAGUCCGUCACGACGCAUCACGAAGAUUUGCUUGUCCAAGCUGCCGGUGUAUCAGAUUUGGAGGGCUCCCUGGGGUCUGUCCGCUCUGGUUUGAACGAGCUCGAUACUUCCCUAGACAAGCUACGUCUCAAGAUACGGAUCCCUUAUCUAUCUCUGCAGAAACAUGUUUCCAAACUCGAGCGCAUCCAGCAAGCGUCGGACAUUCUACGAAGGACGGCGCGUUUCGUCAUCCUCACUCGCCGGCUUGAGCUCCAGCUCACAGAGAUGAGUAAGAGCGAAGUUGCUGAGUCCACCGCCGCCGGGUCCAAGUCGAAGCCUCAAUCCACCAGAACGCCCACAAGCGCAAGUCGACCCGACACCCCUCUGGAGAACGAAGAUGAUGGCCAGCGCGCCAUCGCGAAGGCUGCGCUCACUAUUGCAGAGCUGACCGCGCUCCUUGACGCACAAACAGAAAAUUUCCGCUCCACGAGCGACGGCACAAUGGAAGCAGAUCAGACCAGUGGUGACAGAAUCCCUCUAAGUUCUAUCAAGGCUGUUGCCUCGCAUCUGCCUUUUGUUGACGCCGCACGAGCCCGGGUUACGUCGGACAUGGAGGCGAUGGUCUUUACUGGUCUUGCCACCCUAAACCAAGCGAUGCUCGCUAGUUCCCUGCAGACGGCACACAAUCUGCACGUCCUACCGGAGCUCGUCCAGAACCUGGUCAGCGAUCUGUCAGAGGCGGUGGAAGGCCGCAUCCGGUCAGCUUUCGAUCUGUCACGCAUAUCGAAGGACAUCAUGGCUAAAGAACCUACCUCCAUCGGUCAAGGUCUUUUGUACAAGUCGCGCGUGCGAACAGAACCCACGAAUGUCACUGCACCUCAGUGGACCGCCGCUCUAUGGGGAAGCUUGGAAAGCCUGAUCGAAGAGAUGGCAGACUGCUGUAUCAAGGUUUACACGCUAGAGAAGGUUCUUAAGGUCAAGCGCGACCCCGUCACCGAUGUGGUGUUCAUGGACGAGGCAAUGAAGGUACUGGAAAACAAGCCGAGCACUACGUUUUGGGCCUCUCUUGGGAGGUCCUUGGAAAGGCAUGCGAAGGAAGCCGCGAAGAACUCCGCGUUUCUGCAGCAAACGCUGAGCACCAGCUAUCCUCGACUACUACGCCUAUUCCACUCAUUCUUCACAAAGAUUGCUGUGCACACAGACACUGUUUACUCUCAGACUCAACAAAGCACCGAGACCGUUCUCGUUCUUCGCGCACUCUCAAACUUUGAGUCAUUGUACCUCUCUCGCUCGUCGAACCGCCUCAACGAAGCUGUCGGCCAAGCUUUCUCCGGCGGAUCACGGUCUCCCCCGGGCAUGUCAGAAGGCGUCAACAUCGCUCGUGCCAUCGCGAACGAACUCGACUCUGCGAAAUUCGACCCUCUCCUCGUUCAAUCCGUGGCCCGGUAUGCGACUACGAGUCUGGAGCUGCUGCUCAAACGGCUUGAUGGAAUGAUUGCAAGAGAACGUGCUGCCACCAGUCUCGUCGGUCCGGUGGCAACGGCGCAACAAGUGCUCAACGGGCAGCUAGCGACAUGCACAUACCACUGCUGGGCCCGCCUGGACAAGCUCCGCGAGGAGUACCCCGAGAAGGUCGUGGUGAUUCUGGAGCCUGCGAUCUCCAAACUCCGUGCCACCUUCGACCGCGUCGCCGACCCCCUCCUCGCCGCGAUCCGCCGGGAACUCGCGGCCAUAACCGCGAAGCUGCACCGGAUGGACUUUGGCGGGGCGGACGCCCCUGGCGGUGGCGGGGCCAGUCCCUACAUGAAGGACCUCGUCGAGAAACUCGGCUUUGUCAAACACAACGUCCUCGCCCUCUACGCCGUCCCGCAAGCGGCCCAGCAGUGGGCACCUGCACUGGCGCGCUUCGCGAUCCAGACCUUCGUCCUUCAUGCGUCCAUCGCGAAACCUUUAGGGGAGGCUGGAAAGCUGCAGCUCACGACGGACAUGACCGAGCUCGAGUUCGCCCUGAGCGCGUUCCUCACCGACGGCGGCAAGCCAGGCGGAGGGGGCGGCGCACGACGCGGCGCGGAGUGGGACGUCGUCGCAGACGACUACAGAGCGUUGCGCGCGAUGAGGCGAGUCCACAGCCAUCCGCAGCUCCUCUUCCUUGAUAACGCCUCCCUCGCGUCACCUCGAGCGACCGCGGGACUGCCCGCUCUGCUCGUCCUCCACCACAUCCUCGUCCGCUCCCCGAUCACGCUCCCGCACGCGCUGCACGGAUGGGCCGAGGCCGAGUACGUGCGUUGGGUGGAGGAGCACUCUGCGGAGGAGGCGUGGACGCUCGUCGAGGGCGACCUCGCGCACUGGGAGAGCAUGACGACCGCCGAGGGCGGCGACCCGGCCGUCGCGGCCGAGUACGUCCAACUCGCGCGGACGGUGCUCGCGAAUGCGCAGGGUGGCAAAAAGUAG